UUUACUCUUUCUUCUCUUCCAUUUUUAAUUUAUCAUUUUAGCAAUUACUAUUUAAAAUAUUAGAGUAAUUUUAGAACAAGUUUAGCCGCUUUAAACAACAGCAACAUUGCUAUCAAUAUUAUUUCUUUCGCUAUGCCUUGCUUCAGCCAGCUUCCAUUUGUCAUCCUCAACCGCAUUCUACGUGUAGCCAUUGACACCGGCGGACACAAUAUCAACGCGUGGGCAGACAGAUUGCCGCUGCUGGGCGUCUGCCGCGGGUGGAGAGAAGUGGCCACUGGCUUGGCCUAUUGUAAUGCCAUACUUGAUGGGUCUAGAAAACACAGUCUUGGUUUUGUUGAGCACUCGCACGACACUGCUGUCGAAGACAAGCUCGUUAAUACCAAUAUUGGGCUGCUCAAGGCUACUGGAAACACGCACCUGGUAAAAACUGUGACCAUCAAUAUUGAUCAUUUUGAAUAUUAUCGCUCCCUGAUCGCCGAAGCAAAUUCAAUAUUCUCGUUUGAAACGAGUGACUGGAGCAGAGUCAGCGCACUCAACAUCAGCGGCUACCAGUUCAAUAUCAAUAACGACAUUGGCAGCGAAUCUCAGUCUGAUAUUAUGGAUGAUGCCAAUGAAUUUGCUCGGCAAAUGGGAAAGUGCAUGCCAGGUGUGGAUAGUUUGGACAAUAUGACGUAUCAUGAUAAUGCCCCUAUAUUUGAUAUGACCGGUCUAUUGUCACAAAUGUAUUCGCGCAAUUUAAAGUAUUUUUGCAGCAAUCAACCAUUUACACUUGCCGAGUCAGCAGAGUCAGCGGAGUUUACCCAGCUCACAACGCUCAAUAUCAAUAUGAACCAUAUGCAGUACAUCCCACACGUGUGCUGCCAGAAGUUGCAGACGCUGGUGCUAAGAAAUGUCACUAGUGUGUUUUCUUGGAGCAAGCUGGCAAAUACCAAGCAGGCGGAAACCAUUGUGUUUUCCAGCCUGCGCAAAUUGGAGUUUGAAUUGUAUAAAAGUUUUGAUGUGCAAAGCAUUGGGAGUUCGAGUGAAUUGCAGUUCCCAGCUCUCCAGAAGCUGAGAGUCACAGUCUUGACAUUUGACAUGCUGGAAGAAUUUAUGGAUUUCAAGGUGUUAAAGUGCCCACAUGUUACACAGCUUUACAUUGACGUCAAUGAAUUUAAGGACCAUUUAGAUGAUGAUUUCAAUAUCCCAAUGCAGCGCAGCAAAAAUCUGGCAGCCAGUAUAAAGCAGCAUAUUCCCAAUGUGACUGAGUUAAGUAUAGGUCGUUAUUCUUGUAAUAGCAAGAUCCUAUUUUACGAUGAGUUGGUUAGCCUUUACAUUGACCAGCUUGUUCACGUCAACAUCUCUUUCCCAAUAACAUUCACUGCAACACAGUUUUCCUGCGAGCUCGUGCACUUGUCGCUGAAUCUCGAGUUGAAUACUUUGCAGAGCCUUCCAAACGUGCUUUUUGAAACACUGGAAUACUUGGACUUGAUCAAUGUACAUCCCACAUUUGCAUGGGAGAAAAUGCUAAAAAACGAUUCGACAGCUGAUGAUAUAUACUUUAAGCGCUUGAGAUACUUGAACAUCAAAUACAGCGAGAGUAUUGAGAACGAGGGGGAUAUGAAAGCGAGUACAUUGCUUUGGAAUGCCAGCAAUUUAUAAGCAGCCAGAAGGAGCAGCAGAAAAAACAGAGUACACUCAAUGCUUUGUGCCCCAGACUGGAGAAUCUGUGGAUUAGUAAUGCCACGAUCCCCAGACUCCAAAAAAUAAUGAGAUGCGGCUCUGGCCAGUGGCCUUGUGUCAGGAGUGUAGACAUAUGGUUCCAGAAAUACGAC